AUGCCCAUGUGGUCCUGUGAUUUUGAGAUAUGCCAAAGACCGUCAGUUCGUACACUCGGCGAAUGCUUGUGUAUUUGGCAGGAUGCAGAUGCCUAUGAUCCUGCGGCUCGGGAGGCCGAAGGACGUGAGCUGACAGCACUGAUCGAGAAGAUCAACACUCCUGCUCUUGUGGCCCGAGCCAGUCAUUUACGCCAAGGGAUUCCCUGCUCUAUCCCUCCGCUUCAGUAUGACAGAGCCACACGAAUUUCCGUGAUGGGUGGCAUGAAUUACCAUGUCGAAGUUUGUUUUGACGACGGAGUCAAAUGGAUCGCCCGUAUCCGCAGGUUCAACGCCACAUCCCCUCCAGCCGCACUGCGAGCUUGUAUCAUCCAAAGCGAGGUUGCAACCCUCAAAGUAUUCGAUUUUGCGCUAGAACAGGCUGGCAAUCCUGUGGGAGUUGGUUAUAUUCUGAUGGAGAAGUUGCCCGGAAAUUCUCUGAGAUGGGCCAUUGCAACCCAGGAACAGAGGAGAAAGCUCAUGGAUCAGCUUGCGGAUACAUUCAUCGAACUUCGCCGAUACCCAUUCAACCUUUUUGGCUCCCUCGACCGCCCGGGCGACUCUCAUGUCGGCCCAUUUGCUCGAGAAUCACUCACCGACUUUACGCAAUCCGAAAUGCGCACCACUGGCCCAUUCUCCUUUCUGGGGGAGUAUCACAAGUCGUCACUUCAACUCAUGUUGGAUCUAAUCCUGCGCGAGGAGAUAUACUCGCAGCAAGCAGUGGAUGCCUACCUCAUCCAUAGAUUUCUUAUCGACUUAGUCCCGUCUGUGCUGCCGUCACCAGGUCAGGAUGACGAGAAGAAAUACUACUUGAAGCAUGCGGAUGAUAAGGGAGAUCAUAUCCUGGUGGAUGAUGACUUCAACAUGACUGGAAUUAUCGACUGGGAGUGGGCUCACACCGAGCCGCCAGCGCAUGCAUUCAACUCUCCAGUCGGCCUUCUUCCAGUUGCAGACUUCUACAGUGGUGCGAAUGAUCUGGGUGAAGAUGAAAUCGUCUUUGCACGCCUGCCUGAGGGGAAGGGCCGCCAGGAUCUGGCAGAUUUUGUCUGGAAUGGCCGGUUGCAACAUAGGUUCGCUUUUUGUUGCGGCUAUGACCUCGUAGACUGGGAUGGAUUCCUGGGCCUUUUUCGAGGGCUCCGAGAUGUAGUGAAGGUAGACGAUGGCCUGGAUUGGGAUGACUGGAAAUCUUUGGCGUUGCACCGCUACAAGGAGGAUGCAGGGCACUGGUUCAACGCCCUGGGCACGUAA